ACGACAAAUUACUAAACUUUUGUUUUUUUUUUGAAACUCUUGAAUUCCUGGUAUUUAUCUCUCCGAUUUUGAAACCCAGAUUUCGGAUUUGGGGAUUUGUUUUCCUCUCCGAACAGUCAGACGAGAUUUGAGGAAAGAGAUGGUCUUUCCAUUGUCCGUACAGGAAGAAGAAGCAUGAGACUUGAAACCGUCUUUGGAGUUGUGGAGACGACGAAGCCUCAUUAUCAUCAUCUUCUUCUUCUUCUUAGAUGGGUUGCGGAGGAUCCAAAGUAGAUGAUCAACCGCUUGUGAUUCUCUGUAGAGAGAGGAAGGAACUGAUCAAAGCGGCGUCGCAUCAUCGCUGUGCUUUAGCCGCUGCUCAUCUCGCCUACUUUCAGUCUCUCUACGACGUGGGCGAAUCGAUUAAACGUUUCGUCGACGAGGAACUCGUCGUCGUUGGCUCAUCUUCUUUGCCGGGUUCGCCAGUUCUUACUUUACCUUCCGAUGAAGGGAAGCCUCAUAAACACAAGAUCUCGUCUUCUUCAACUUCUAUCUCGCAUUCCGUCGUUGAAGAUGAGGAAGAAGAAGGUUCGCAUUUGCACUUAACAUCUGGAUCAGAGUUCGAUUCGGGAUCCGAAUCUGGAUCUGACGAGGCAUUAGGUCAUAUCCACAUUGAAACCAGCCCUAAAGUGGAAAAUGAAGAACGUUUACCGGAAAUUUUCUCACGCGGUUAUCCACCCGGUUACCCGCCCAGUUAUCCGUUAAGUUAUCCGCCUGGUUUUGCACCUGGAUUUCAACCGGGUUACCCACCGGGUUACUCAACCGGGUAUCAGUAUCCGGCUCAAGGAUGGGAAUACAUGGGAGAGAACCCGAACCCGUAUCCGAGAAUGUAUUUCAUGAAGAAGUCUGCGCCGUCAUCUCGACCCGGAGUAUUUCAGCCGGAGAAUCAUCGAGUGGAGAACGGGCAAUGGCUGCCGGAGAACGGAGUAGGAUAUUCCAAUUAUUUUCCCGGGUACGCUAAUUCUGGUUAUUUCGGCUACCCGGAACAACGUCGAGCACCACCUUCUCCGGCGAGGCCGCCUCCGUCUCCGCCUACAGUUUCCAGUUGGGAUUUUUUGAAUGUAUUCGAUACUUAUGAUUACAAUAGAGCUGGUGUCGGUGAAAGUUCCGGUGCCGGUGCCGGGUACUCUCCGGCCAAUGGUGGAGUUAGGUCAAAUUCAAGCAGUCCUGAUUCGAGGGAAGUGAGGGAGAGGGAAGGGAUUCCUGAACUGGAAGAAGAAACAGAACAAGAAGUCAUUGGGCAAACAUUCAAGCAUACGAAGAGGAAAGGCACUGAGAAGGUGAAAGAACACAGUCAGGAGAAUGAGCCCGGGAACUGGUCUCAACGGGAAGAGAUUAACGAGAGAAAAAUCAAGAAAAGAGGAGAUUCAGGUGAAGGAACUUCAAGGGCAGCAGUGCCUACGGCAGAGAGCUCUUUUGGUUCAAAGACUGUGUCAUCGUUUUCAAGCAGUGAAGAAGGAUCUGAGUUUCACCAUGUUGAUGAUGGAGAAGGAAAGAGUAGCAGCAACGAUUUAAGCGGGCACGAGACGGUUGCUACGAAGAGCGUUGGGGAAGUAGAAGAAGAAAAUUACGUGAGGAAGAAAGGUGUGAGCUUUGAGUUGGAGGAAAGUAUUGCAACUUCUUUUGAUGUUGAAUCUUCCAAGAUUAGUAGCCUGUCUGCAUUGUCGGUUCAUGCCACUAGAGAUCUCAGAGAAGUUGUGAAGGAGAUCAAGAGUGAGUUUGAGGUUGCUUCUUCACAUGGGAAGGAAGUGGCUGUGUUGCUUGAGGUCAGCAAGUUACCUUAUCAGCAGAAAAGCUCUGGGCUUAAAGUUAUCUUUUCCCGGAUCAUGUACCUGGUAGCACCAUCCACAGCGUCAUCGCGUUCUCAGCCUCAACCGUCAAUACGGUUAACAUCUAGGAUACUGAAAGUUGCAAAAACAUACAAUGGUCAAGAUGUUAGAGAAGGCUUUAGUGGAAACCUCUCAUCCACUUUGGAGAAACUCUACGCCUGGGAAAAGAAACUGUACAAGGAAGUCAAGGAUGAAGAGAAGCUUCGAGUUAUUUAUGAAGAAAAGUGCAGAACAUUGAAAAAACUGGAUAGUAUUGGUGCGGAAUCUAGCAAGAUUGAUGCUACUAGAGCAUCCAUUAGGAAGCUACUAACCAAACUCGACGUCUGUAUAAGAUCCGUUGAUUCCAUUUCCACCAGGAUACAUAAACUGAGAGACGAAGAAUUGGAGCCGCAACUCACUCAACUUAUUCAUGGGUUGAUAAAAAUGUGGAGAUCGAUGCUCAAGUGCCACCAGAAGCAGUUCCAUGCGAUCAUGGAGAGCAAGGUUCGAUCUCUCAGGGCGAACACCGGCUUACAAAGAGACUCUGGUCUCAAAGCUAUUCUCGAUCUGGAGAUGGAGCUACGAGAAUGGUGCAUUAGCUUCAACGAUUGGGUCAACACUCAGAAACUAUACGUCGAGUCUCUAAAUGGAUGGCUCUCAAGAUGUCUUCACUAUGAACCUGAAACAACAGAGGACGGGAUCGCACCUUUCUCUCCUAGCCGUGUUGGAGCUCCACAGGUUUUCGUUAUAUGCAAAGAUUGGCAAGAAGCAAUGGCGAGAAUCUCUGGAGAGAACGUGACAAACGCGAUGCAAGGUUUCGCCUUGAACUUACAUGAACUAUGGGAGAGACAAGAUGAGGAGCAAAGGCAGAGAGUGAAAGCAGAGUAUGUCUCGCAUGAUUUUGAGAAACGGUUGAAUGAUCUCCGGAUGGAGAGGGCGAGAGCGAGAAUGAGAAACGAUCAGCUACAUGACGGUGCAUCGGAGAGAAGCGUGGUCUUGUCCGAGAGCGGGAUUUCAGCGUUGGAUGAUUUGAAGGUGGACUUGGAUUCGAUGAGGAAGAAGCUAGAAGAAGAGAGAGCAAGGCACAAGGAAACCAUUAAACUUGUGAACAAUGCAGCUUCAAAGCUUAAAGCUGGUUUGGUUCCAAUCUUUGAGGCUUUGGGAAAUUUCACGUCACAAGUUGUGAAAGCUCAUGAACAUGUUAGGUUUCAACGACAACAACCUCAAUCUUCUUCUUGAUGAAGUUGAGGGUUGAUUUUACACGAAUUGAAAAUUUUGGUAAUGAAAUUAUAUUCGGCUUAGGAAAUUG